AUGAAAAACGAAUUGAAACCUCACGAUACGUAUGUAUAUUCACGACCUGAUCUCAAAAUCAAAACUACUGAUGACCUUACUGGUAGUCUUGAGAUACUCCAAAGGGUCUAUCUUUCUCUACCCAACUCACAAAAUGCAACAAGAAAUAAACUCACAUGCCGCUUCAUCAGACAAACCGAAUCGCUUCGUCACGAUCACAGCGCUGAAAAUAAUAAUGUUACAGCAGUUGUAGACAUUUUCGGUUCCAUCGUUACUGAGGUGGAAUUGGGUAUAUUCGCUCCAAUUCUCAAUUUUUGGGUGACUUCGUUACAAUUUGUCGGAAAGUGGGUUGAGUGA